AUUCAAUGCACUACCGACGGCUUCGAGGAGACCUAAUCCUUACUUACCGCAUUUUAACAGGGAAGGUUGGGCCGGACUUGAGCUGGCUAUUUAGCCCGGCUAGGUUGCCUUGUCUUCGCGGUCAUCCCAUGAAGCUACACAAGCCGCGUUCUGACGGGAUCAGGGCGGAAACUCGGUUAUCGCGUAGAGUUAUCGAGCGCUGGAACUCGCUUCCAGAAAAUGUAGUCAGUGAACCUACGGUUAAGGGUUUCGAGCGUCAGUUAGACGCUCUUGGGUGGCAACACGAAACCUUUCCCUUCUCCUGACCAUAUCCAUCUUCA